CGACCAAAUGCACGAUGAAGUGUUCGGCGGACCCAAGCGGUUGCCUUUCUGUCCAGACUCCAGCUAGCACGGGGAGCGAAACCUUUCCUGAACUUCCUGGGUUCGCUCGUCGCCGGUUCUUCAGGAGCUCCAGGGGGCAGCCGAGGCCCGCCCGUCCCUACCCCGAAAAGACCCCGGGAAGCCUUUAUCGAAGCGAUCAGAAAGCAUCAGGAGGAAAGGCCGGAUCAUCUUCAGAAUCCGAGAGGUCAGACAGGCUAAGACGCCUCUCAUCCGCUAAUUGA